CGUUGAAGUAAAUUAUGUUUUAUUCCGAUGUUAUCCUCUCAAAGAGAGGUCCUCUUGCUCGUAUUUGGAUUGCUGCACAUAUAGAAAAGAAACUAUCAAAGAAGGAAGCGAUAAACACAGAUAUUGGUGAAUCAGUUGAUGUUAUUCUCAACCCGGAAGCUGUAGAACCUAUGGCACUCAGAAUGUCUGGACAAUUAUUGCUCGGUAUCACGCGUAUUCACUCUCGUAAAGCAAAAUAUUUACUCGAGGACGUAAAUGACGCGCUCACAAGUCUUCGUAAAGCCUUCAUUCCAGGUAUCGGCACAAUCGACUUAUCCGAACAACAGUUGCUUGCACCAGAGAAUGCUAUCACUUUAGAAGAGGGACCCGCUAUUGAAGAUGGCGGUCUCGAUUUAGAACAAUUUCAAGCACCAAUUUCAUUCUCACUUGAUCCACUUUUUGAUAUCAACAAUAUGAAUAUGUCUGUAUCAGGUAUCAGCUCAGGCGAUUUCAUGGGUGACUUGUCUAUUGAAGCUGGUAGACGUGAAGGUAGCGUAGCUCGCUCGGACAGAUUCUCUAUUCUUGGUUCAGAGUUUAAUGAACAAGGUAGAGCGGAUAAAGGUAGACAAAGUGGUGCUACUGCAGGCGCAGUUGAUGAUUGGGGUAUGCCAAUUGAUGCUGGUAGAGAUGAUUUCGGUGAUUUUGGUAUGGAUGAUGUUCCCCCUGCUGGCAGACAAGCUGAUAACAUGGAAAUGGACUUGGGAGGUGCUUUCGAUGGUGGACUCGAUUUAGGUUUCAACUUAGAUGAGCCACUUGUACCUGCCGCGCCAUCUAUUGGACGCGAAUCUUCACCGCUCUCUAGUGCACCUCCAGCUGAUUCUCAAAUGGAUAUGGAUGACUCCACUCGCAAUGCCGUGGAGCAAGAAGCUCAAAGACAAGCAAAGAGAGGUGGUGGUAGAAAGAGACAUAUCGUUGACUCCCGCAUAGAAUUGGGUCGUAGGGGUGCUUCACAAAGCCAACAACGAGCAGAAGAAGAUAUCUCAAAGAUAUUGCAAGAUGAAACAUACUUGCAACCAUCCCGUGCUUAUCAAGAGCGUUUGGAUAUUCUUCAAGACCCUUUGAAUCACUUUAUCAAUGUGAAUGCAAGUCAAGGCAAACAAAUGAUUAGAGUUGCACCACCAAAUAUUUUGAAUGAGACACUCAACUCACUUUAUGAUGUUCCAGUAGGUUGUUUGAGAAAACAAAGAGAUGAGGAUGAAGAUGGACCAUCUAAGCGCUUAAGAGAGGAUGCGGAAACUGGUAGACAUGAAUCGAUCCCAUUUGAUGAUGACGGCUGGAACCUUGCAGGAAUAGAUGUUGGACCUGCAGAUACGAGUGCAUGGGAAGGUGGUGAUCAAAACGAGGAUACUUUCCAAUUAGAUGACGGCCAGGGAGUAUUCGAUAAAGAUGUUAUGAAUGAACCCUUGAUGAAUGACGAAUGGGCUAGUCUUCCAACCGGUUCUGUUAGCGGACGUAGCGAGAGUAGAGCGCCAUCUAGGAUGUCUACUCCAAGCUUAGAUACGCCUUCUGCCUCGCAAUACGAAGCUAAGGAAGGUGAAGCACCUAUUGCAAUGUUCGGAAGAAAGCAAACCAAGCAAGAUGCUAAACAGUUAACAAAGGAUGGUUAUUCUAGGACUACCGUGAAAGCUAAAGAAUUUUUAAAAGCUAGAUUAACAGAUAAUCAACCCGAAUCCCAUGUUAGUUUCAAUGAGAUUUCCAACAAAGCUAAUAAAAGAGCAGCAUCUUCAUUCUUUUUCGAGAUGCUUGUUUUGGGAACACGUCAACAAGUUAAUCUCAACCAAGAAAGCCCAUUCUCUGAUAUCAAAAUUGGAGCCAAAGACAAGUUAUUAGUAUAAUGUCUCAGAUUGUAAAGAGUUUCUUCUGUAUUGUAAAUUU